UGUCUGAGAGGUAGACUUAAAUCAUUGAUCCGUUGCUUUGUUUCUUGGUAAAAAGUAACCAACAUGUUAAUCCACAGUCCUGAGUCCUACAGGAAGAGAGGUUGUAAAACGUGGCUGGUAAUAUCGAAUUUCAUUCCAUUGCUAUGCUGAUGACACUCAGAUUUACUUAAAAACAAACACCCUCUGCACCCCUGCCAUCAUCGACACCGUCCACCUGCCUGGAGGAGAUAGAGGUGUGGAUGAAGCAUAACUUCCUCAAAUUGGGACGGCUCCAAAACAGAAGCGAUUCGACUUGGCACCCCACACCAGAUCAGGUCAUUUCCCAUAACCAGCAUUACCUUUUCUGACCAAGACAUCCCCCUUUUCUCCAACCAAUCAUGGCAUCAAAAUGGACCCUCACCUGAACUUUGAAGGCCACGUGAAACAUCUGUGCAAAAGAUCAAUUUGGUCAAUUUGCUUUCACUGCCCUUAAAUGACUCUUCUCAUAGUGAAGGUGAGCUCUGUGAUGAACUUAGGAACAUUUUAUUGACAUUUCUGUGGGAUAUCAAAGGUUAUCUGAUUGCCAGUAAAUGGAGUUAAUAUUGUUUUCUUGUUGCAUAAUCAGCCUUGAUUCAAAGGGGGUGUUAAAAAUUGACAGGUCACAAAUAGAUAUCAGUCCAGCAGCCAGGGGGAUCGAAUCAGUCAGUGGUAGAUAACGGAGAGACUUGUUUUCUUUUAACUAACUUAAAGAUUUUUAUCCAACAUGCUCUGGUUUCUUUUGCUGUUCUGUGGCUUGUCUUUGGCUGAUGAGGGUGGCAAUGAUCCUGAAACACAGUCAUGCUUUCCUGACAUGUGUAAUCUCCUGAAAGAGUUUGGUGCCAUGUCAGAAAAAAUCAAAUCUUUGGAAACCAGGCUGCAGGAAAGUGAAACCAGGCUGCAGAACAGUGAAAGUCAAAUUCUGGAACUGAAGAACAAAGAGGGAACCAAGGUGAUCUUCAGUACAGCGGUAGGAGAAGGAAAAAAACACAUUGGACCUUUCACCACAGACACAACUUUAAUCUACAAAACAGUGAUUACAAACAUUGGAAACGCCUACAAUGCAGCCACAGGUAUCUUCACUGCACCUGUUGCAGGUGUUUAUUACUUCACCAUCUUUUUUCAUGCUGGAUGGACACAUAGGACAUCUCUGCAUCUCUACAAGAACUCUGAGAUGAAACUCUCUACCUUUGAUGAAGAUACAGUGACCAACAGAACUGAUAAUGGAGGAAACGCAGGGUAUCUUCAUCUACAGCAAGGAGACCAGGUGUAUGUGCGCCUGUUUAAAAAUUCACAUGUUUGGGGAAACGCCGGUUUUACGACUUUUAGUGGUUCUUUGGUCACUCAAAUGUGAGAAUCAAUACUCUAAUUGUCCUACUUAAAUGUGUCUAUUACCAUUAUCUAUAAAUGAUCUAUUAAUUAUCAAAUAGAAAUUCUGAUUUUGAGAUUAGCUUCAUUUAAUUCAUUAAUUAAAAGUUAAUGAAAUCAGAAAUUGCUUGCCCAAUCACAUUGGUUGGUUGUAGAGUUGACAUGACUCAGGUUUUGCGAAUCAAAACGCAGGAUGGUCCAACAGUCAUUUACAAGAUCUCAUCUCAUCUCAUCAUUUCUUUAAGGUCAUUUGAAAAACAAAAACAGACUCAAGUCAUAAACUUAAAAAUGUCAAAAAAUAAAAAAUUUGAUUCAUUCUUUUUUAAAGGUCCCAUCUGUAAGAUAUUUACUGAAUUAAAUCAUAAAAUGACCUUACUAUAUGAUCAGACAUUAAAGAAACAUGCUAAGUUGAAGUGUUGGCUUUUCUGUCUACAACGCAGCAGCCAGUAUGUUUGGAUUUCUGUGCGGAAUAGUCUGUUUCUGUUUUGAGGUUAGAAUGCAGAAAGGUUUCAAGACCGAUGCAGAGCUGCACCUAAACACUGAAGCUACUGUGUCCAGAAUAUGGCAACCUGCGUAUGCCUUGACUCUAAGGAGGAGGGAGCGAGGCGAGACAGCUCUAUUCAAUGUUUUGAAUUUGGACUGCAGUACCCAUUUUAAACACUAGGUGUCAAAGUUACCUGUUGCUCCUUUAACUUCCUGAUAUGAAAAUCUGCGAUGUCAUUUUGCUACUUACAAUACAAUGAUUCCAUCUGAAUUUGAUAAAAUAUGAAUUUACUCUCU